UGGUUCUCAGUGAGCUUCGCUGAGGGAGCCGCGCGCGUGGCGGAGGCGCCAUGGGGAAGCUGCGCCGCCGCUACAAUGUGAAGGGACGGCUUCAGGCAGAGCCGCGGCCCGCCAAGGGCCCCGAGCCACCCCCUGUGCGGCUGGAGCUCGAGGACAAAGAUGUUUUGAAAGGAGUAGAUGCGAGCAAUGCACUGGUGUUGCCGGGGAAGAAGAAGAAGAAGACCAAGGCACCACCCACAUCAAAGAAAGAGAGGAAGCCGCUGACGAAGAAGGAGAAGAAGGUGCUGCAGAAAGUCUUAGAACAGAAGGAGAAGAAGAGCCAGCGUGCCGAACUGCUCCAGAAACUGAGUGAAGUCCAAGUGUCGGAGGCCGAAAUGAGUCUCUUCUACACCACGGCCAAGCUAGGCACCGGGGACCGCAUGUAUCAUACCAAAGAGAGGAAGCCUGACCAGCCAGCAGCCCAGGACCAAGAGAAAAUUAGUAGCCUUGCUGGGGCCCACUGGAAGCGCCGCAGGUCAUCAUCAACAGAAGAAGAAUCUGAGUCUUCUGGAGAUUCAGAGCCUGAAGAAGCCACAGCUGCCCAACCUGGGGGCAGCACAGGGACAGAUGCAGCACAUCUGCCACCAGCUCCUUCUGAGGCCACGAAUCCUGCACCCAUCCUCCAGCCCCCUCCAUCUGGGACCUCUACCCCUUCAAAAUCACCAACCUCUGCCCCACCUCUACGCCUGGCCAAGCCUGCUGUCUUCAUCCCUGUGAACCGCACACCUGAAAUGCAGGAAGAACGGCUCAAGCUCCCGAUCCUUGCUGAAGAGCAAGCCAUCAUGGAGGCGGUGGCUGAGCACCCCAUUGUCAUCGUGUGUGGCGAGACUGGCAGUGGGAAGACUACACAGGUGCCCCAGUUUCUCUACGAAGCAGGCUACAGCAGUGAGGACAGCAUCAUCGGUGUCACAGAGCCCCGUCGAGUGGCUGCCGUAGCCAUGUCCCAGCGGGUAGCCAAGGAGAUGAAUCUGUCACAGCGGGUGGUCUCCUACCAGAUCCGCUACGAAGGGAACGUGACAGAAGAAACCAGGAUCAAGUUCAUGACAGAUGGUGUGCUGCUCAAAGAGAUCCAGAAGGACUUCCUGCUGCUAAAAUACAAGGUGGUGAUCAUCGAUGAAGCCCAUGAGCGAAGCGUCUACACAGAUAUCCUUCUUGGCCUCCUGUCCCGCAUUGUGGCUCUCCGGACCAAGAGGAACAUGCCCCUCAAGCUGCUCAUCAUGUCUGCCACGCUUCGGGUAGAGGACUUCACCCAGAACAAGCGGCUCUUCACCACACCUCCCCCGGUCAUCAAGGUUGAGUCCAGGCAGUUCCCUGUGACAGUACAUUUCAACAAGCGGACCCCAUUGGAUGACUACAGCGGCGAGUGCUUCCGGAAAAUCUGCAAGAUCCACCGGAUGUUGCCUGCAGGUGGCAUCCUGGUGUUCCUCACAGGGCAGGCCGAGGUACAUGCACUGUGCCGCCGGCUUAGGAAGGCCUUCCCCACCCGAUGCUCCCAGCCACAAGAAAAGGAAGAGGAAAAGGACUCAGCAGAAGGGAUGAGGAGGUUUAAGAAGUCCCGGACGAGGGCCAAGAAGGCCCAGGCCAUGGCAUUGCCCCAGAUCAACCUGGACAAUUACUCUGUACUACCAGCGGGAGAAGGUGACGAGGACAGGGAGGCAGAGAUGGAUGACGAAGAGGAGGCCCUGGGCUCUGACUUGGAUCUGGACCUGGGUGACAGUGAGGCAAACGAAGGUGAGCAGCCAGAUGCCUCCCUGCCCCUUCAUGUGCUCCCGCUCUACUCUUUGCUGGCCCCGGAGAAGCAGGCACAGGUCUUCAAACCUCCUCCAGAGGGGACAAGGCUGUGCGUAGUGGCCACCAAUGUGGCUGAAACAUCCCUGACCAUCCCUGGCAUCAAGUAUGUGGUGGACUGUGGGAAAGUUAAAAAACGCUAUUACGACCGUGUCACAGGCGUGUCCUCCUUCCGUGUCACCUGGGUCUCCCAGGCAUCCGCUGACCAGCGGGCUGGUCGUGCAGGCCGGACAGAGCCAGGCCACUGCUAUAGGCUGUAUUCCUCAGCUGUUUUUGGUGACUUUGAGCAGUUUCCUCCCCCUGAGAUCACUCGAAGACCAGUAGAGGACUUGAUCCUGCAAAUGAAAGCCCUCAACAUCGAGAAGGUUAUCAACUUCCCAUUCCCCACACCACCCUCCGUGGAGGCCCUCAUUGCCGCCGAGGAGCUGCUGAUUGCACUGGGGGCCCUGCAGGCACCUCGGAAGAAUGAAAGAAUGAAAAAGCUACAGAUGUCACAACUAAGCAGCCCCAUCACUGCACUGGGACGGACCAUGUCCACCUUCCCCGUGGCACCCCGCUAUGCCAAGAUGCUAGCACUGAGCCAGCAGCAUGGCUGCCUGCCCUAUACCAUUGCCAUUGUGGCUGCCAUGACUGUGCGUGAGCUCUUUGAGGAGCUGGAUAGACCAGCUGCCAGCGAAGAGGAGCUUGCAGAGUUGAAGGGCCGUCGAGCCCGUGUGGCCCAGAUGAAGAGGACCUGGGCUGGGCAGGGGGCAUCUCUGAAGCUUGGUGACCUCAUGGUGCUACUGGGUGCUGUGGGAGCCUGUGAGUACUCCGGCUGCUCACCCCAGUUUUGCCAUGCUAACGGACUUCGAUACAAGGCCAUGCUAGAGAUCCGGCGCCUGCGUGGCCAGCUGACCACCGCAGUCAACGCAGUGUGCCCUGAGGCUGGGCUUUUCCUAGACCCCAAAAUGCAACCACCUACUGAGAGCCAGGUGACCUACCUGCGACAGAUCAUGGCAGCUGGCCUGGGUGACCACCUAGCCCGCAGGGUUCAGAAUGAGGAUCUGCUAGACCCCAAGUGGAAGAACGCCUACAAGACCCCUCUCUUAGAUGACCCUGUCUUCAUCCAUCCCAGCUCCGUACUCUUCAGAGAGCUACCUGAGUUUGUGGUCUACCAGGAAAUAGUGGAGACCACCAAAAUGUACAUGAAAGGUGUCUCCAUUGUGGAAAUCCAGUGGAUCCCAUCGCUGCUGCCCUCCUAUUGCCAGUUCGAUGCACCCCUGGAGGAGCCAGCCCCCACUUACUGUGCAGAGUCAGGACGGGUGCUGUGCCACCGGGCCAGUGUAUUCUACCGCGUGGGCUGGCCACUCCCUGCCGUCCAGGUGGACUUUCCUGAAGGCAUUGACCGCUACAAGUACUUUGCACGGUUUCUGCUGGAGGGACAGGUCUUCCACAAGCUGGUUUCAUUCAAGAGCUGCCUGCUGUCUAGCCCCAGCACCAUGCUGAAGACUUGGGCCAGGCUGCAACCAAGGACGGAGAGCCUACUGAAAGCCCUUGUGGCUGAGAAGGCAGACUCCCGUGAUGCCCUGCUGGCUGCAUGGAAGAAAAACCCCAGAUACCUGCUGGCUGAAUACUGUGAGUGGCUCCCAAAGGCUAUGCACACUGACGUUGAGAAGAGCUGGCCCCCCAUCACUGACUGUUGACCUCACACCCAGCUACACAGUCAGCCGGCAUCUACGCUGGUACUAGGAGACUUGCUGUGGCCCAGGAAGCCCUUUUUGACCUUGACCCAACCCAGAGCCAAGUUUGCUGCUGCACUGACCAUAAGUGCCUUCUUCACUAUUCCAACGAGAGAGAGAGGGUUUGUCUCUCUCCAGAUGACAUAAGCGCUUGUGGAUGUACAGGACUACACCGGGAUGUAGUGAGAUAUUCACUCUGUCCGUACCUGUUGCACUGACCAUGCCCACUAGGGGGUGGGAACAGGUACAGAUGUGACCUGGGGGAACUAGGUCUGGGGACUAGAACCUGCUGGCAUUCAUCUGUCUGUUGUAAGUUAUUUCUCCCUGAAUAAACAUCUAUUCAGCCU